UCCAAAAAAAAAAAAAAAGGACGAAAUUUCGCUGACCCAAGAAGAUAACAAUCCAAUCCAUGGCGACUCGGCUUUCAGCCAAAUUUUCUCAGAAACGGGCUUGCUCCAUCUAACUUAUUGACUCACAGCACUUAAAGCUCCUAGUUUGAUGGUCAAGAUUGGCAGCUGUAAGUCAAGCCUUUCUUUUUCCUUUUUAAGUCUCAUUUUUACUAUAAUUUUUCCAUACAUUCUUUGUAUUUAUAAUCAUCAGCUUGAUUGCCUAAAGCUAGGUUUCUUUUAAUUUUGGAGGUUUCGAGUCUGGGUUUUAGAUCUGGGUUCAUGAUAUUUGCGAUAAUCGUAUACUUUCAGGUUUGUUGAAUUAGCGAUCAAGAAAAGGUUCUUGAAUUUGUGUUUUAUUGUGUUAUAGGGUAAAAUUUUGUAUUUUAUGGUUUGGGCUUACAUUUGUGAUUCUGUGGUAUCAGUUUCUUCUUAGUGUAAUUUAAAGGUCUUUUAUACCUGGGUACCUUAAACUUGUAAAAACUGUAAGGAGCCUUUAUAUGAGAUCGCAAAUAAGGGGUUUUUGGAGCAUUCGUUAUGGGUGAGGAAACACAUGAUGCAAUGAACCUUGAUUUGAAUCUGGGUCCUAGUCCUGAGACAGGGUCAGGAUCGGUGUCUAAUGAAGGUUUAGGUUCAGAUAAUUUGGUCGAUACCCGGUUUAAUCGGAUUAGGGAAGCAGUUCGACGUCGGCGAUGGGGAUGGCAGCAGGUUCAAUUUCCUGCUGCAACUCAGAACCUAUCUGUGGAAUUGAAUCAGUUUAUGGGGAAUUCAGACAAUGCAGGUAUGGCACAGACGGGUGAGGGCAGUGCCAUUGUGGAAGAAAGAGUGAGUGAUGUACCCAAACCGUGUGAGAAUACCGAUGGAUUCAUGGAAGAUGAUGUUUCGGAAAGCAAGGAUAAUGUUGGAAAGGGAGUUAGAAAUGAUGGGAACUUCUUUGAUUGUAACAUAUGCCUGGGUUUGGCCCGGGAACCUAUCGUAACUUGUUGCGGUCACUUGUUUUGUUGGUGUUGCCUCUACCAGUUGUUAGAUGUGAAUUCAGAUGCAAAGGAAUGUCCAGUUUGUAAAGAAGAGGUAACAAUUAAAACUCUAACACCGAUUUAUGGUCGGGGGAAAAUUGGCCUUGAGCCAGAAGAUAACUCAGGUCUUAAGGUCCCUCCUCGACCCACUGCACGGCGGGUGGAGAGUUGGAGGCAAACUAUUCAAAGGACUGCUUUAAAUCUACCCGUGGAGGAGAUGAUUCGCCGUCUUGGAAGCAGAUUUGAUUUGAGCCAAGACCUGACUACUCCACGAGAGGCCAAUGGUGCCCAGGGAAGGACGGAUAUAGCUGAUUCUGUCCUAAAUAGGAUCUUGACAUCUCGCAGGUUGCGUUCAGAGCAAACUACAGUUGCAUCACUUGAUGAUGUUGACUUGAGUCCUAGCAGCACAAAUGGCACUGAUGUCAUGUCAUCCCGGAUUCAUUCUUUGUUCCGUCAAAGACAAUCACAAUCGCGUAGAGUUGCAAGACUUACUUCUCUGUCAUCUUCAUUGAGUUCAACAGAAAGGAUAGUUGAAACGUAUUUUCGAAGCAAUCUGGUGGGAAGAAACCAGGAGCAGCCACUUCCUGUCGAUGAUAGAGAUUCACUCUCAAGCAUUGCUGCUGUAAUAAACUCGGAAAGUCAAAUGGACACUGCUGCCGAAAUAGACUCUGUGAUAUCACUUUCAGCUUCAGCUUCCAGAAGAAGAAGUGAUAAUUUUAGGGUUUCAGAUGUCGACAGCAGUGACUCUCGAGUGCAUAGAAGGAGACGACUGAAUUAGGAGAUUGAAAGCUUUUGAUCACAUUUCAUGUCAAGGAACAGCUCAAUAAUAGUUUUAACUGCAUUUCGUUUACAAAGAAGUCGGGCUUCGACAGUUUUUAUUUCUAAGAGGAUGAUCAUAAAGUUUUCGAAUCCAUUGUGUGAAUCGAAAUGUUAUUAUCAUUUGCUUGGCAAAACAAAUGUGUAGGGGACCUAGAAAGAAGACCCAUCUUUACUGCCCAUUUACAUAAACCAUGUAAGCUCAGUGUGUCUGAUAAUUUUUCCUUUCACGAUGCUUUUCCCCCGUUUUCAAUCAUU